GUCAGUAUUGAGUAGGUUUCAAUGGAGAAACAGGUUAGAGACUUGAAAAAAAUUAAGUCGAUCGAAACAUUCAUGCCAAACCUCUCAAAUAACGGCGACUCAUACUUUUUCUUAUUUUUUGGAAGUAAGCUCAGAACAAAAUUCUAUCCGGUACUCUCUCCCCCUCCGACUAAAAUCUCCGACUAAAAACAAAAACAGAGAGCCGUUUUUUGUGCAACCAGAGCAACGAAAACCAAAUGCAUAAAUGAGGCACCCAGUAAGCAAUCAAUCCAAUUAGGCGAAUCCAAGCAGAAGAUAUUGACUCUGGAGUUGGAGAAGAUCAGAGGACAUACACAUAUUCAUAUAUUAAAAAGCCCAAAAACACUGAGCAGCAGAUAAUCGAGUAGGGAAAUGAACUACCAAGAUGCGUAUUGUUGCGCUUUUGAUUCGGAAAAUUCCGGUCGGAGUAGUAACUUUGAGUUCCGGUUUUCAGGUCCGGAGUCUAUUCCAGAUGCGGUCAAGCGCUACAAUGCCUUGCGUGGAGCCGAAUUGGCCCAGUUAAGACGUCAGCGGGACUCGGGUAAACAUGGUGUACCCACCAUGCCACGUUUUUGUAAGGUGCGCCGUCCGGGUCAAGAUGUCACCUGUAUGGUGACCUCCCGGGAUCUGGAUGUCGUCACCCAGUUAUCCCUCGACUCUGAGCCCAUUUCCAAUGAGUCCGGUGAAUCCAACGAUGACGAAGAAGGCAACACUGACGAAGCUGGGAAUACACGUAAGAAACACGAUGGGGUUCAAUCAUCAGGCAACCACUCUGCCAACGAUCCAAAAUCCAUGCGCCUGUGCGGCGGAGCUGAUGCUCCGGCCUUUUCAAAAUCCAAGUCAAAGGGAAAGAAAAAGAAUCCUCAGGCGGUGACCAAGCAGAAGAAACGUCGCCUCCACGAUGCCAGGGAGAAGUGUCAUACGUACGAGAGACUCGAAGAGCUACACCGCGAGGUCUGUGCCGAGUUGGAGUCCAUGGAAGACCCUAUACCCCAGAGUCCAGUACCCAACAAGGCCGCAGCCAAAAAAGCAAUCAAGACCCGCCGCAAUAAGGUCAAGAAAUCCAAGGUGGAACAGUACCAUUUUCGGUCCGGGGACGAAGGUGACGGCGACAGUUCCAUGGUUGAUCCAAACUUGAUUUCGUUCGAGGACUACCACCAACCGGAGGCCAAAUGGGUGGACAUAAUGCCUUCGGCUAUGAUGUCGCAGGCCAUCAAGGUGAACGUUUGCAAAGCCCAGAACGCCACGCCCCUCACCGCCUACCAGUUUAUGGAGCAGCAUGGAAGCCUGGAACCAGAGCCACUCGGUCCCUUCUUUCUGGAGGACAGUGAUCUGGAGCAUGAGUACGCGGACCGCCAGGGCUACCUCCGCUACAGGGAGCCGCGUCCAAGAUAUCCCUCGAGCGAGUCGGACGCCACUGAUACGGGCGUGGAUCUGAUCGAGAAAAGGAACGCGCCCUGUUUCGUGGAGUUGGAAAAGCGCCCCCACCGGCUCAGUCUGCUCCGAAGUCUUUCGCCCAUGAGAUACACCUCACAGCGUUCGGAGGAGACGUUGAGGGCUCAGUCACCCGAUGACGAAGCUCGUGAGGGCAGAACCCCCAAGGCUCUGAGAACGGAUAUGUCCUUGUUGGAGCUUCAGAGUAGUCCCAGGGCGUGCACCAACAAGAAAUCGAAGGGCAAUGCAACCCAAAGAGCAGCCAAGGGACGGUCUCCCAAAGGAGCAGGCAACAAGACCCAAGUGACGAAGGGUAACGCCACAGCCAAGACCACCCCCAAGCCGCAGACAUCAAAGAACCGACGUCAAGUGAAGACGGGAGGAUCGGGGCUAGCGGCAGGAUCUGCAGCAGGUGGGGGUUCCGCCGAAAUCGCUACAUCACCAUCCCAAGUCCGUCAGCCUGGUGGUUCCAACUUGAACGCAUCCGUUACGCCCUCGUUGACCCACACACCCCUCGCCGCCUCACCAGAACGCCAGGGCAAGCGUCGCAAGCCCCGAACCGUGGUCUACAGCAAAUCUCUGGAGGACUUGAAGUUCGAGAAACUGGCAAUCUACAACAAGAUCACCAUGACCCAGGAGAGGAUCAUCAACUCCCUAGACAAACUCCAAAACAGUCUCCUACAACUACAAGUGCCCCACUGCAAUGCCCAAGAGCGCCAGAAGCGGCAGAGGAAUGCCUUUGAGUUUUGUGUGCGCUUCUCGAGAAACUUCCUGUAUCCCCUGAAGGGAAUGAUCGAUGAUGUCCGGUACACCACCGUGGCAAGUUUCAAUAGCGCCACUUCCAACGAGGCCUGCCAGCGAGUGGUCUGUGUAUAUGGACUGAUGCAGCAAUCGAUUCAGACCUACCAACGUCAAUUGCGCUACUUCCUGCUGGAGAAGGUGCCCCAGAAGCUUAGUGCCCUCAUUGAAAUGAUCUAUACCAUGACCAACUGCUGUCUGGACAAGGGAAUGCUGGACCGUCACGAUCCAGUGGUGGAGUGCCUGCUGGAGCGCUGCACUCGGUUCAUGAGCUUCAUUGAGGACAUGCAGGAGGAGCGCUUCAAGCUGGCCAGGGAGACUAUGAGACGCCUUCAGAGACACGGCCACGUCCGGGGACAUGCUCAUGCUCUCGGCCAUCCCCGCCACCACAGUCAUAGCCACAGUCGGAGCCAUACGAAGAAGAAGUCGAAGUCUAAGGCGGUGCCACCCAAGAGGGUACCCACCCAACCCAGGCAGGAGAAGCUGCGUUCCCACGAGCGUUACGAUCUCAAGAUGUGCCUCAACGACCUGAAGCUCUACGAACCGCGUUUGGUGCCAAAGGAACAUCAGACCGGAAAGAAGAAUCAUAUCCACACCCAGAGUCGGGUUCGGCGUAGCAUACGGAGCACCCCGAAUGCCAAUUCUAAUCCUGUAGGACUGGGCACGACAGUCGUCGAGCUACCGUCUGAUCUAGAGCUCCAAAGCAACCGAGAGGAGGUCCAGACCCAAAUGCAAAUGGGCAUGGCCGGCGACAGGGCUGCCGUCAGCAGCUCCCUCAGCAACAUAGUGCUGACCACGCAGGGAGAUGCUGUGGCGAACCAGUCACUAGCCUGGCCAGAACCACGAGUGAAGGAAUUCCGGGAGGAGCAACUGCAUCAGGCAUUAUUGGAUGCCUUCCGUUUGGUUUCCCGAUCGCAGGUCCAACAAGUCUUGGAUCCCCUAAUGCGAUCACUUGGCGUCGUCCUCAGCGAAAAACUCGGCGAGGGUUCUAACUCAGGAACGGGAUUAGGGCGGUCUGAUUCGAGAAACAAUUACAAUCCCCAUGAAAGUAACCAGUAGAAGAUAUCAAUACAACCCCACUCAUAUCCCUCAUAUCCAGGACUGUAGAUUCCCCCAAAUUGUUCAAUCAGUAUUUCUUCUGUGCUUCGUAUUUUCGUUGGUGAAAUGCGAAACUAAAUUGUAGAGUAUCGAGUACGCGCACAAAAUAAACGCUCAUUUUAUUGGA